AGGAGCCGGCACGUGUAACACAUUUUGGCGCCUACGAUAAACAAGCCGUAAUGCAUAAUCGUUCAAGUGUCUUGCCAAAAAGUAAAAAGCGCUCACGCUGUGACAUACGUUCCGAGAAAUUACGCGAUUGUAAACGUGAACGACGACUACGGAAAGAGUUGAGCUAACGCUACAGUUUGGAUGCAGUUGUGUUUGUAAUUGAAAAUAUCUAGUCUUAAAAGUAUGUUCAUAUAUUCUGCAGAAAAUGUCUAAAACCGAUGAACAGAAAACUGUAGAGAUUAUAAAAUCGACCGAAGAGGUGGCCGAUAAGAUAUUAAUGAAUAAACAAGAGUUGGUGGAGCUGGAUAAGCGCAGACAACAAACACGCGAAGCUAUACGUGAACUCGAAAAGCAUGAAGCCAAGGCUGAAAAGAAAGUAUGGAUAACUGUGGGCAGCAUGCUUGUCAAGAUGGAACGUGAAAAAGCGCUGAAGCUUUUGAAAAAUGAUCAAAAACAAAUUGAACGUGAAAUUAAUAUCAUCACUUCGGACCAAAAGAUUUUGGUCAACAAGCAUCGUGAUUUGGAGCAUUUUUCGCCUUAUUCAGGAACACAACUGAAAGCGCUCGAUCGCAAAGAGUUUGCAGCGCUUAAAGCGAAUCUACCGCUUUUUUAGAGGAAUAGUAAAUUUAAAGUGAUUUUUAAAUAUAUUUAAGUGCGUAAUGUCUGAAAUAUUAAUAAAUUUAGUAUAUCUUGAAUUAUGUGUAACAUAUCAAA